AUGACAGCCAUAUUCCCUGCUGUAAAGAAGAAAUUUAUGGCAGAACUCAAGGAAUUACGGCACAAAGAGCAGAGCCCGUAUGUUGUUCAGAGCAUUAUCAGCUUGAUAAUGGGGAUGAAGUUCUUUCGAAUUAAGAUGUAUCCAGUGGAGGACUUCGAGGCUUCUCUUCAGUUUAUGCAGGAAUGUGCACAUUAUUUCCUCGAGGUCAAAGACAAAGAUAUCAAGCAUGCCUUGGCUGGGCUUUUUGUUGAAAUUCUUGUCCCAGUUGCUGCCGCUGUUAAAAAUGAAGUAAAUGUUCCCUGCCUUAGAAACUUUGUUGAAAGCCUAUAUGACACCACGCUGGAACUUUCUUCUCGAAAGAAGCAUUCGUUGGCCUUGUACCCCCUGGUGACCUGCCUUCUCUGCGUCAGUCAGAAGCAGCUGUUCCUGAACAGGUGGCACAUUUUCCUCAACAACUGCUUAUCCAACCUUAAAAAUAAAGACCCCAAGAUGGCUCGAGUUGCACUGGAAUCUCUGUACAGAUUACUUUGGGUUUACAUGAUUCGAAUUAAAUGUGAAAGCAACACAGCUACUCAGAGCCGUCUUAUAACCAUCAUCACAACACUUUUCCCCAAAGGGUCCCGUGGUGUGGUGCCAAGGGAUAUGCCUCUGAACAUCUUUGUGAAAAUCAUCCAGUUCAUUGCCCAGGUAAUGGAGAAGCUUCUGGCAGUGGGAGUAAUCUAA